CCUUUUCGGUGGAGCAGCUCGAGCUCGCAAAAACGUCUUUGAAGGACGGGCUGGGGAAUGGCCGAGGUGGUGACGGCAUGGCGCACGGCGAGCAUUGUGCACCAGACGCCGACGUGGAGGCUUACCUCGCGGAGCUUGUCGUCGGCAGUCACGAGAGGGCCGCCUGCGAAGGGCCAAGGUGCUUCUGCAAGCAGCAUCCAAGGGUGUUCGGCGGCGCUGAUAUGGACGAGAAGCCCUGCGCAGCGAGGUGCUGCGCGUCUGCUCAAACGAACGGAAAGCGAGUCCGAUCGGAGCAAGGAGAAAACUCCAGUGGCGCUGGGAAGGCGAGUGCGAAAUCGGGCAAACGGAGAACCAAAUCGUUCUGGGCGGCAAAAGGCAUAGAGACGGAGGGUUCGAAUGCUGCAACGGGCAGCGCGGGGAAGGCUGAGUCGGAAACAGCCGACGAGAAGGGGCGGGGAACGGAGAGCGCUCCCCAGGUCGAUGAUCGGAACGCGCUGUCAAUUCCGGUGUGUAACAUUUGCGUGUGCCCCUCGAACGUGUGCACACAUGGUGCCUCCCGCGGUGCUGCGACGGUGUUGCCCAUGGAAGCUGAGGGCGUGCAGCUGGAAGUGCCCAAGCUCGUUCGCCCGACGGACUCCUGGCAGGUUCACGACCCCGAGGUGUCGCUGCUGCGAAGGCCCGUUCGAGUGAGCGAGCUCACGGCCCGGGAUUUCGAGGAGCUGAGCGCUGCCGAGAGUCUCUCCGCCCCGUGCCCGCGAGGGCCACCCCCUUGCAAGACCCAAUGGUCGGGUUUGUGGCAGAAUGCACAAAUAUACGACUUGUAUUGGUCGCAAGAGGUCAAGCUCCGGAUCUACUGCUGCGCAUGCCCCAAGAAGCAUACCGUUCAUUUCAAUGGGGAGGCCCUCGGCUUGUACGCUUGGACGCGCGGGAUGGUCAUCACGCAAAAAGCCUGUCAGAUACUGCUACGAGACGUUCAGAAUACGGGUGCUGCUUUCAGCUCGCUCGUUGCAGCUGCAAGCACUGUGCGGCGUCAAUUCAACCCCGAUGCAACCAUCUUGUCAGAGGAGUGUUGGCGUAAGGCAACCCUUGGCUUCUUCAAGCUGUGUGGGCGGCAGAUCAUGGAGUGUUGUAGUCUCUGCGGACCACAUCCAGAGGUGCUUCUAUGCGACGGCAUCGCGGGGCUUGCUUGCGCUGACGGCACGCGUCAGAAGGGUGGGCUUGCUGGAACGGAUGCCGCCUUGCUUCGGCCAUUCACGGCGCCUAGUCGGAGCUCUAAUGGAGUCAACGUGCGGAAAGUCAUGGAGGCCGGAAGCAACUACCUGGCGGCGUCUCUUGCGGGAGGAGGCCUGAAAAAGCGUCUCCUGCAUCAACCCGAGCUUCGGACGCUUCUAGCGCGGUUCAGCGGACACCAUGCUGCUGACCCGGAGCUGGGGAAGACGCUGAGUACACGAGAAUACGAGGAGCUCCUGGUCGCGCUUGCCAGGGACGAUGUGCAAGUCGUCACGGACUUUGUGCAGGAUCCAGAUGAUGCCGAUGCAGACCCGGUGCUCUUGCACUGGCGCCGACAGAUUCCAGCCCAUCAGGUCGGCCAGGUUCGGUCGAAGAACAAAGCGGUGCUCGAGCUGCUCGACGGCAACGAAAGAGAAGUGAUGCAAGACGAGCCUCAAUGGCCUCCCCGCUGCCCCCACAGAUGGGCGGAAUUACUCUACACUCUAGGCGCACCGUUCUCGGUCUCGGACGACUCCAAUCUCAUCCAGCAUGGAAAGGCCCUGGGGGUGGUCCGCAAGCUUCUGCUAGGGGGAGCCGCAAACGACGACGACAGAGUCGUGCUCGCCGAGCAUUCACCAAUCCUGCGCCGGCUGCUAGACCACUACGGCGACCGCUUUCCCCGGUACUUCCAUCCCGCGCUACACCAUCUCUACCGUUUGACGCUGUUUGCGCGGGGGGCGAUGGGGCUUGGGGUGGGGCGAGCGGGGUCUCGCGAGUGCGACGAGGAGCACCGGUGUCGGAGCGGGCUCACCGUCGGGGAAUUCGAUGCCAAGGUCGCUCUGGAAAGCGGGAUUAAGAAGAACAAGCGCCUGCAAUGGCACACGAAGGGCGGCUUCGUCUUCUGCUGUGGGCACCGCGUGAUAUACGGGUUUCACGUCAUGCUCCGGGGGGAGUCGCCGCGAGACCCCUUCACCGUCCUCUACACCCGACUCAAUCGGAAAAAUCUUCCCCUGAUCCUCGUCCACGACAACGCCUGCAAGCUGCGCGCCUACGCGAUGCGGAGAGAGCCGGCGUUCUUUGCGGACGUUCGGUUCCUGGUCGAUAGAUUCCACUUCCACCACACAACCGCCGAGGCACACAAGUGUGGUUCAUCAUACAACACAGACUACUACGACUCUGUGCGAUGGGUGAAUACGUCGGCAGUGGAGUCGUGCAACGCAUUCCUCGUCACCUUCAAGACGCAGGCGUGGUAUAGCAGUCUCGUAGCGUUCAUGAUCAUUCUCGCUAAUCUAGUCAGCGGAAGGAAUAGCGAUCUAGCACGGGUUGACGAACCAAAGCUGCGCAUUGCGGGCAGAGCGGACACAUGGAGUCCGGCUAUACGUUUCAAGCGUAGUAUCAAUGAGCUUUUGGCGGGGUUUGCUCGGAUCGAGUUUCUCAGUUCGCGCCCAGUAGUCGUGCCAGACCCCGAGAGCGCUUUCAUUGCGGCCUCGUUCAAGACGGCCUUCUCACCUGACUCGUCGGUCUCCGCUAGCCUUCCGCUGCGAAGCGCCAUAAUAUGA